AUGCCAUGUUCAUUUAGAGAUUUCGUUCCUCCGCCCAAGCAGCACCCGAGGCUUGGUGACAUUGAUUUCAGCAAGUUCGAUGCACAUUCCUGGGCACAGUGGGGUCUGAAUCAGUCUAUGGUCCAGGAACUGUGGGAGGGCUGGCAGAAGCUAUACAACGAGCCAUUCCGUGGAGUAACCACCGACGGAAAGGUGAAGCCGAAUCUCUUCCAUCUGCGACGUGAAGAUGCACCCAUUGAAGCGAUGGCAGAAGCGGCACAAGCACUUGUAUCCGUAGCCGAGGAACAUUUAAUUGCCGACAAGAUGCGGUAUGCCGUUGAAGCUGACGAGUGGAGGUGCUGGAUGAAUCCUGAAUUCUAUCUCGCGAAGUGCGGAAUAAGAAUGGAGGAACAUCCAAAAGAAGUCUCGUCGGCUAUCUUGCGGCUUAUUCAAUCUUCACUAUCUUCUCGUGGGUAUCAGAAGACUAUUGAUUGUAUGAGAAUCAAUGGCUUUCUCGGCGAUAUCAUUGGUGCUUCCAAGAUCAUGAACGAGGGGAGUUACAAUUUUAUCCUUUUUGGAGAGCCAUCUAUGACUGAGCCCUGGGGGUGGUGUAUAUGGGGACACCAUCUAUCAUUGUGUUGCUUUGCAUUGGAGGAUCAAAUGGUCGUUUCACCCGUGUUUUUCGGAUGUGAGCCAAAUCAAAUCGACGAAGGAGAACAUGCAGGAACUGAGGUGUUUGCACUGGAGAUGCAGCUCGCCGUGCGCUUGAUGCGGAGUCUUUCUGAUGUAAACAGAAAGAAGGCGAUUGUAUACGACCAACUUGAUCAUCCGGAUAUGCCUGAUGGUUUCCCACACCCUGCAGAUGGACGCAACUUGGCUGGCGCCUAUGAGGACAAUCGGGUGAUUCCUGAAAGUGGUAUCCGGGUUUCUGAAUUGUCCGAAUCCUCUAAAGAUAUAUUGAUGCAACUCAUUAAAACCUUCAUCGAUUUCAUUCCGAAUGGGUCUUUGAAUGCUAAAUUGGGCGAUAUCAAAGCUCAUUUGGAUGAUACUUGGCUUAUGUGGAUGGGCAAUUAUACAGACGAGGACCCAUUCCACUUCCGAAUCAAUAGUCCAGUUCUCAUUUGCGAAUUCGACCAUGAGUGCGGAAUGUAUUUAUCAAACUCGGCGCCAGGAAGGUUCCAUGUGCAUAGUGUUGUGAGAACUCCGAACGGGAAUGAUUAUGGGAAAGAGCUAUUGCGCCUCUGGAAGGAAAAGAACAAGUCUCACUAA